AUGGCAGAGCAGAUUAGGCCCGAAUCACACACAGGACAAGCCUCGGAACCCUGCGAGAAGCAUACCGACGUAUGGCGUUUUAUUUCAAAUGAAAAUGACAUCAAGCUUUUCAAUCGGGCUUUUUCAAACAAAGGAAACGCAUUUUUGAUAGGAAAGGAUCUCGAGUACCUCUACAAUGGUCUGCGCUCAGUGCUAGCAGGAAACCCCCUCCACCGACAUCAUCUGAUUCUGUCUUGGGAGUCUCCCCCGGGAUGGCUCAGGAUAGACUGGAAGGCACAUGAAACGUUUAUGGAGAUCCAUUAUAGGAAUCCCGAUGUUACAUUGAGACACGCAGAGCCGAAUAUGUGGCACGUCAUCGAGGUCGAUGACCUCGCCAACUAUAUUCAAAAAGACUCUGGUAAUCUUCGGACUAAGAUACUCUACUUCAAAGAUGAACGGUUUCGGUUACAUACCGUAGAUCUGAUGUACAAGCCAUCUUCCAACGACGAUCUGGAAGCUACUCAGCAUCAAUAUGCCUUUGAAAUGGAAAAAGAGCACUCCCGGGACUCUCCAGUAACUUUUUACCUGCAGGAGAAAAAUUCUCUCAGCACGCCAAAGAAGCCAAAGAUUCCUUGGCACGAGAGGAACUAG